AUGGGUGCCACUCGUGCGCAAAAGGAGGUCUAUUUCGUAAAGCUCCGUGAACUCAUCACGAAGUACCCUUCCAUCUUCUUGGUCAAUGUCGACAAUGUCGGUUCCAACCAGAUGCAUCAGAUUCGUGUCGCUCUCCGUGGAAAGGGUGUUGUCCUGAUGGGCAAGAACACCAUGGUUCGCCGUGCCCUGCGCUCAAUCCUUUCCGAAUUCCCCCAAUUCGAGCGUCUCCUUCCUCACGUCAGGGGUAACAUUGGAUUCGUCUUCACCAGCAGUGAUCUUAAGGAAAUCCGUGAAAUCAUCAUUGCCAACAAGGUCGCUGCGCCCGCCCGUGCUGGUGCUUUCGCCCCUAAGGACGUCUUCGUCCCUGCUGGUAACACCGGUAUGGAACCCGGAAAGACCUCUUUCUUCCAGGCUCUCGGUAUCCCCACCAAGAUUGCUCGUGGUACCAUUGAAAUCGUCUCCGAUGUUCAGGUCGUCCACGCCGGUACCCGUGUCGGUUCAUCCGAGGCUACCCUUCUUAACAUGUUGAACAUCUCUCCGUUCACCUACGGUAUGACGGUGGUUCAGAUCUUUGACCAGGGCAACGCUUUCUCUCCCGAUGUCCUUGACAUUGAGGAGAAGGAUCUCAUUGACCGUUUCUUGUCCGGUAUCAAAUCCAUUGCUGCCAUCUCUUUGGCGCUCAACUACCCGACUAUCGCUUCCGUCACUCACUCCCUUGUCAACUCUUACAAGAACCUCAUCGCUAUUGCUUUGGUCACUGACUAUUCCUUUGAGGGAGCGGAGAAGGCCAAGGAAUACCUCGAGAACCCCGAAGCAUUCGCUGUUGCUGCCCCCGUUGUUGCUGAGGCUGCUCCCGCUGCCGCCGAAGCCGAGGAGGCUAAGGAGGAGGAGAAGGAAGAAUCUGACGACGACAUGGGCUUCGGUCUUUUCGAUUAG